AUGGAGAAGUUUUCCAAUUGGAGAGAUAAAGGCACCGGGAUUGCCCCCUUUAUUCCCCUCUCUGCCCCUAAAACUCCGGUCACAAAAUAUUUGGUCGACCCGUUGUUAAUCCUAGUGAAAUUUCCAUUCUUUAUAAUCUUGUAUUGGUUCACACUGUUAGCUCCCAAACCAGCUGUAAAGGCAAUUUACAUCUGGAUUUUUCGUAUCUCGACUGAUGUUCUGGUAGAAGGUUUGCGGAAGCUGAACAAGGCCGAGAUUCUCAGAUCUCUUCCAGACAAGAACACGGUGGUAGUCUCGAAUUUUAGCACGCCUUUGGAUGUUUUUGUCAUCUACUUGUCAUCCAAAGUAUCCAGCUUGAGUGCUGUAAAGGUUAUCGUCCCUAUUGACAGUGCGUUGUAUGUUCUCAGUGCGUGGCAGGCUGCCUGGUUAUGUUUCCAACCCAUAGGUCAAGUCUGUGGGACAAAGUUGACCUCUCAAAAUGAAAAAACACUUGCCAAUAAGUUGGUGGUUGUGUUCGCGGAAGGCACUUCUUCUAAUAACAGAGCUCUCUUGUCCUUCAGCUCCGUUUUGGAACCCAUUUUCGCGUUGAAGGGUUUCUCCUACCAAACCAUGCUAUUGCUCUGGUACCCUAAUACUAUCCCCGUUCCGAUUCCUGUUGUUGGCCCUAUCCAGUACAUGGCUCAGCUCUUUACGCUUUCUUCGCGCCCUUAUGUCAAAGUCAAAAUCACACCAAACCCACAAGGGUCGUUGAAGGCAUCUAAGCUUGCAUACCAAGAUAAUGGAGUGAAUAUGGUUGACCUAGGAGUUGCAGAAAAGAAGAAAUUUUAUGAGUAUUACCAAUCUCAAACCAAAUGA